AUAAAAAAUAGAAAUCAUUUUUGAAUUGUGUGAAUUUUUUUGAAGUAACUAUUGUGUUUUUGAAAACAAGAUUAUCGCGCCAUAAUAUUGUUGUUUAUAUUUUCAAACUCACCUGUUGAUACUUUGAAACACCGCUCUGUUACCUCUUUUGAAGUAUUUAAAUAUUAUAUUAAAACCAUAACAAAAUCAACAUUCUUAUAAAAUAAAAAAUGGCGCGUCCAAAUGAAAAUCGUGUAAGAUCAUGUUUAAGGGGAAAUUUACUAACAAUGUUAACAGUAUUAGGCGUUGUAGGCGGUUGUGUACUCGGUUUUAUAUUACGUUUUUCACGUGAAGGAAAAUGGAAGGAACGAGAGGCUAUGUAUAUAGCAUUUCCCGGAGAUAUUUUCUUACGUAUGCUUAAAUCAUUAAUUAUACCAUUGUUAGUAUCAUCAAUUGUAUCUGCAAUCGGUGCAUUGGAUUUAUCGCUAUCGAAGAAAAUCGCUUUUCGUGCGAUUUCAUAUUAUGUGACAACAACAUUGUGUGCGGUUACAUUGGGUAUUAUUUUAGUUGUUACAAUACGGCCAGGUUCUGGAAGAGGCUCUAGUUUUCAAGGGCCAACAGAGAAACCGAAUGUACGGAAUGUUACUACAACUGACACACUUUUAGAUUUAGUGAGAAAUCUGUUCCCGCCGAAUUUGAUCGAAGCAACACUUAAGCAGUAUAAAACGACACUGAUUGUUCCGGAAAAUUCUACAGGUGUGCCACUCACUGACUUCAAGAUUAAACCAGAUAAUAGUGAUUCAACAAAUGUUUUGGGUUUGGUUGUAUUCAGUAUUGUAUUUGGUAUUACCUUGGGAAAAAUGGGUGAUGCUGGUAAACCAUUAUUGGAUUUCUUCAAUGCCCUCAGUGAAGCUAUGAUGGUUGUUACAAAAUGGGUAAUCUGGGUUUCACCUAUUGGUGUCUUCUUUUUAGUAACAGCUAAAAUUUUAGAAAUUGAGAGUUUAGAAGAAAUUGUUGGAAAAUUAAGUUUAUAUUUCAUCACAGUAUUACUUGGAUUAUUUAUUCAUGGUUUUGGAAGUUUAUCCGUUAUUUAUUUCGUAUGCACACGUCAAUUACCAUUCAGAUUUAUUGGAAAAAUGAGUCAAGUAUUGGUAACAGCAUUUGGAACAGCAUCAAGUUCUGCAACUAUGCCAAUUACAAUAGAAUGCAUGGAUAAUUGUGGAAUAGAUCCACGCAUCAGUCGAUUUGUUAUUCCAAUUGGAGCUACAAUUAAUAUGGAUGGAACUGCUUUAUAUGAGGCUGUUGCUGCAUUGUUUAUUGCACAAAUUCGAGAAAUACCAUUAUCAUUCGGAAGUAUUGUAGCUGUUAGUGUGACAGCAACAGCAGCCAGUAUUGGUGCGGCAGGAAUCCCCCAAGCUGGUCUUGUUACCAUGGUGAUGGUAUUAGAUACUGUUGGGCUUCCAGCAGAAGAUGUAACAUUGAUUAUUGCCGUUGAUUGGUUACUAGAUCGAUUCCGAACAACAAUCAACGUAAUGUGUGAUGCAUUGGGAGCACAAAUUGUGGAUAUUAUGAGUAAAGGUGACAUAAAAGCAUCAAAUGAUUUAGAAUUAGAAAGAGCUAUUGCUGACCCUACUGAAUUGGUGGAAAUUGUAAAAGCAGAUGAUACACGACUAUAAACGAACAGAUAAUAUUUAUUAUGUAAUUAAUAAAUAAAUAAAUCAGUUUAAAUCAAAUAAAAUUCA